ACCUGGGUUUAAGUAACUUUAAAUAUUUAGUAAUUUUUGUAUUUAAUAUGAGUGAAAAAUUAAAAGAUUUUGACGAAAUACCAAUGGAAGUGGAGUCCUCUCCGGAUGUUAUCGUAGGGGUCCUCCCGGACCCUUUGGAAGUUAGCAUGGAGAUCCCUCAGGAAGUUCCUAUGGAGGUCCUUUCUGCUAGAUACCCGGAGGUCACCCUACCCAUCACCCCUAGAGUCCCAAGCCUGCGUUUCCCUUCCCCACACGCCCCCAUCCCAUGGGAUAUGGACUUCCCCAGCUUGAGGUCCCACUGUUUCCCUGUAGUGACACACGUGGUGGUGAGGCCCAGUAUUGUAUCCCCAGGAACAGAGGGGUGGUGGCCUCUGCUCAACGGAGAGCCUUACGUCGACCUGGUGGUGAACCACGAGAUCGUCCUCAACCUGUACCCUGGACUCCAGCUGCUCCAUGAGGGAGUGGAUGAGGCUGGAGGGUCGGUCUACGUGGUGAGUUGCGUAAAUGCCCCUCCGCUGCUGCCUCUUCCAGGACUCCCAUCAUUCUUGUAUGACAUGCACCCUUCCCCGUGACCCUCCUGAAGGGGUUACCUUAACCACCUGGAGAUCUCAGAUUUGUUUAAUUUCUUU